GAGGCCAGACGGUCGGGCAGGGGGAAGGGGGCACCAUGCCGGGCCUCUACCGCCCGUCCAACUGGACCCCGCUGCCUCUCCUGGCCUCCCGGGUCCGGGCCUGUGCCAACGGGCCCUGCCUGGGCCUCGAGGCCCGACUCGCUUACCGCAACCCGGAGUCGGAGCCCGUGGAAGGGGUCUUCGUGUACCCGCUGGCGGAGGCCGAGGUGGUGUCCGGCCUCGAGGCCGAGGUGGCCGGCGGUCCGCGAGUCUCCUUCGAGCUGCAGAGCCGCCGGGCCGAGGAGCCUUGCUGCCAGGGGCUGAGCCCGGGAUCCGGCCUCCCUCGCCGCUGCCCCCGGGGACACUUGGUUCUAGACCGCGCUCAGGCCCGCUCCGCGCUGGUGCUGCCCCUGGGCUUCGUCGCGGCGGAUGGGACCAUCACCGUGACGCUACGGAGCAGCCGGGAGCUGCCCACCCGGCCCGAUGGGGCACUGUGCGUGGCCUUGCCCUCUGUGCUCACCCCCCUGGCACCCCCUGGCUCCCCCGAGCCCACCGGCUCCCCCGGGCUCUGUGACGACAGCCCCACCAGCGGCUGCUUCGGGACGGGCAGCCCCCAGGCCGAAGGGCCCAGCUCCGAGGGCCCACCGGGCCCCCGGGACGUGUUCUCCGGUCCCGCCCGCUGCCCGGGCCCCUAUGCCUUCUCCUUCGAGAUGUUGGUCACUGGGCCGUGCCUACUAGCCGGCGUGGAGAGCCCCUCCCACGCCCUGCGAGCUGACGCCCCCCCGCGCGCCGACUCCGCCGUCACCAUCUGCGUCACCCUGGCCGAGGACCACCGCUGUGACCGGGGCCUGGAGAUCCUGCUGCACCCCAGCGAGCCCCACCGGCCGCACUUGCUCCUGGAGGCGGGCGGGCUGAGCGCCGCCGAGUACGAGGCCCGCCUGCGGGACCGGAGAGACUUCCAGCGCCUCGUCCGGGUCGACGGCGACCGCCAGCUGUGGUUCCUUCAGCGGCGCUUCCACAAAGACAUCCUGUUUAACCCGGUGAUGGCGCUCAGCUUCUGCCCGGACCUCAGGUCGGACCCCCCGGACCCCGGCGCCGCCACCAGAGAGGUCCUCUUCCUCCUGGACCGCGCCGGAGCCAUGUACAAGGACGCCCUUCUCCUGGCCGUCAAGUCGCUCCCUCCGCAGACGCUCAUCAACGUCGCGUCUUUCGGCUCGUCGGUCCAGGCCCUGUUCCCCCGCAGCCUCCCCUGCGACGACGACACGGCGCAGCGGGCCUGGGACGGCAUCGAGGCGCUGCAGGCGGGCCCGGAGGCCCCCGACGUGUCGGCGGCGCUGCGCUGGGGCCUGGGGCGGCCCGGACAGCGGGGUCACCCCCGCCAGCUCUUCCUGCUCACGGCCGCCGCCCCCGCCCCCGCCGCCACGCGCCGCGCCCUGGACCUCGUGCGCCAGCAAGGAGGCGCGGCCAGGUGCUUCUGCUUCGGGCUGGGCCCCGCCUGCCGCCGCCUGCUCCGCGGUCUGGCCGCUCUCAGUCGGGGCCGCGCUUACUUCUUAGGCCCGGGAAAGAGGCUGCAGCCCGCGCUGGUGCGGGCCCUGAGGACGGCGCUGGAGCCGGCGCUGAGCGACAUCGCCGUGGACUGGUUCGUGCCCGACGCCGUGGAGGCGCUGCUCACGCCCCGAGAGAUCCCCGCCUUGUACCCCGGGGACCGGCUCCUCGGAUACUGCGUCCUCUUCCGCGUGGACGGAUUCCGCCCCCGCCCGCCCGAGGCCCGGGAGCCCGUCUGGAGGAGCCCGGCCCGGAGCUCGGGCGGGUCGACGUUCCCGUCCCCGGAGGAGGGGCCGUCGGCCGCCGGCCCGGGCUCGGACCUCACGGACCCCGCCGACCCCACCGACCCCACCGACCCCACCGACACGCCGGGGCUCACCAGCGCCGCCUCGGCGGGACCGUCCGGCCCGGGGGGCUCGGAACCCAGCGCGGACGUCCCCUCGGACCCGGCCGCGGACCCCGGGCCCGACCCUCCGCCGGACCUGGCCGUCUGGCGUCGGAUCUUCCAGUCGUCUUACAUCCGGGAGCAGUACGUGCUGACCCUCUGCUCCGCCAGCCCCGAGCCCGAGCCCGGGCCCGGCUCCACCGGGGGCAGCGAGUCCCCGGGCUCUCAGGGUCCCGCCUCCCCCGAGGACCGCGCCCCCGCCGUGCCGCCCUCCCAGCAGGGCCGCCGCAGCCUGGGGGACGUCGGCCCGGCCUCCCGCUCCUGCCCGCUGACCCCGACCCCGACCGCCCCGCCGGCCCCCGCCGCCCCGGCCUCGGCCCCGGCCCUGGCGGCGGAGUCGGCGGACGCGGCGAGGAGGCCGGAGCGGGAGGGGGCCCGGCGGCGUGGGGCGGCACCGGCGGGGCGCGGCUUCUCCUCUCCCCGGGGAGAGCCGGGGCCCUCGCCCCACAGCCGCCGCCGUCCGAGGAACCGGUCCUCUGCGGGGACAGCGGAAGGCCCGGGUUCCGAGCCGGGGCCGUCGCCGAGCGGCCCGGACGACUCGGAGACCCUCCUCUCGCCCGACCCCCUGGAGUGGGACAUGCUGGUGGAGCCCCCGUUCCUGUUCGCCACAGGGCCUCCUGAGGAGGAGGAGGAGGAGCCCCCCGCCGAGGGCCCGGGGUCCCCGGCGCCCCCGGGCCCGCGUUGCCACGUGGUGAUCCGGGCCCUGCGAGACGGGCGGCCCGUCUGCUGGGAGGCGGGGGCCGGGCUGGAGGCGCUGCUGGGGCCCGGGCACCCCCCCGCCCCGCCGCCCCCCGCCGGCGCGGACCUGUGGGACCAGGCGCUGCACCGGCUGGCCGCGGCCUCGGUGGUCAGGGACAACGAGCAGCUCGCCCUGCGCGGAGCAGGGGGCCGGAGCGGGGCCCGCCACGGCCCCUCCCGGAAGUUCCGCCUUCGCGCCCUCCAGACCAGCAAGGCCAGCGCCGCCGCCUCUCUGUUCACCUGCCCGGUGGCCGUGGACGCCCGCACCCACGAGGCGCUCCCCGCCGGCCUGCAAGUGCGAAGCGUGGAGCCCUCGGAGCCCCCCGCGGCCUCCCCCGUCUCCGAGGCUUCGUCGGACGCCGUUGACUGUCCCGAGGGUAGCGCCCUGCCCCGGCCGGACCCUCCGAGGGCCGCGUGGCCGGGCGGGCGGGCCGCACUUACCUCGACCCACGUUGCAGGCCUCACCGACGGAUCCUCCGCCGGCCCCGGGGAGAACGGCCUCAGCAGGGUCGGCUCCGGCCCGCGGAAGGGACUCGGCUUGAGGCAGCGGCUCCGCGGACGGCCGGGCGGAGCGGAGCAACCCGGGGUCGGCGGCGACCCCGACUAUCUGCCUCUGGUGCGGCAGCAGGAGGCGGCGGGCUCCUUCCGGCUGGACGGGCUCUUCUGCGCCGCCGUGCGGAUGCCCCCGGAACAGCUCCGCCGGGCCUCGCCCUUCGCCGCCCACCGGCCGCCCCCGCCCUGCGCGCCGCCCCCUGCCGGCGGGGCCGAGGAGCUGCGGGGCCGGAGCUGGGCCACGGCGGUGGCCCUGGGCUGGCUGGAGCACCGCUGCGCCGCCACCUUCGGAGAGUGGGAGCUGACGGCGGCCAAGGCGGACGGCUGGCUGCGGGCGCAGACCCUCCCCGACGGCCUCCGCCCCGACGCCCUCAAGGCCGCCGCCCGCGCGCUCUUCCUGCUCCUGCGCCGCCGGGACCCCCGGCCGCACCGGCUCCGCUCCACCGACGCCUGACGCCACCGCCGGACACCGGGGGUCCGGACGGGCCGCCCCGCUCCCCCGCGGCCGGGACCCCUAGAGUCCGGCGGGUGGGCUCCGGCCCUCGCCCCGUCGCCGCUCUCACCUCUUCCCUCUCCGGCCUCGUCCGAUCACACGACCGAUGGGCUUUUAUUGAGCGCUCGCUGCGCGCGGAGCACCGGACGCUCGGGGGAGCGCGACGGAUCACGGAAAGUGCCCGCCUUCCCCCCGUCCCUCCCCGCCCGAGCUCGCGCUCUCGUCCGCCCUGCCCUCUCCCCUCCCUCUCUGCAAAGGGCGGGCAAACAUCACUCCCGGCAGGGCUCGGCGGCAGGGAGUCGGUCGGUCCGAGGGUCCUCUCCGUCCGGUGGCCGGAGAGAUGUCUCUUCUGCCGGAGGGGGGGCGCGGAGGACGGAACCGACGCCGUCUGCCGCAAUAAAGUGCCUCUGGGGACCCGU